AUGGCCAUCGCGUCGGACCGGGUCGAGCGUAAGCAGAUAGGGAACAGCGGAAGGAAGAGCCGCUCUGUUGUCCCGUCACUUCCCAGCCACCCCCUCGUCAUCACCAGGCUCUGGAUCAAGUUCGGUCUUUCGUGUAGCAGGGGCUUGAGCAGGAUACCGAUGCUGAGCCCGCCGCACCAGCCGCCGCGGCCCAUCUGCUGGACCACGUACGGGGUCUUGAAUGUCCGGGGUCUUGAAUUCGCGCUCACGACGAUGGCACCGUCAACAGAGUCCCAAAGCCGGGGUUGUUCACUGGGGGCGUUCGACAUUUACUUGUCAAAUCUGGCUGCGCCACACGCGCGCCGCGCUGGCGAUCGGCCGCGGCUGGGGUUCAAGCCUCGGAGCAGGUUCCACUUUCGGGCCUCUCCGGCGGAGGAGGAGGAGCAGCAGACCGGGGACCCUGUCCCCGCGUCCGGGCUCCUCGGCCCCGGCAGAUCUGGAAACCAGUGA